AUGGCCCUGCGUCUCGCAAUCACUCUGCUUGCAAGCUCUGUUCUGGCAUUGCCUGCCGGGGACUUGUUAGAACGCCAAGCUGACUGCAGCAAGGCGAAGACGAACGUCCCAGCAGUCAACGAUGCAAAGCUUCCAGACCCCUUCACGUUCGCAGACGGCUCUAAGGUCACUACAAAGACCGACUGGGCCUGCCGGCAGACCGAGAUUCAGAAUGCCUUUAAGCAAUACGAAGUCGGAGAUUUCCCUGGGCCCCCGAGCAAGGUCGAAGCUUCACUUUCUGGAAACACGCUCAAUCUGAGGGUCACCCAAGGCAGCUCUACUAUCAGCAUGAGCGCCUCCAUCCAGAAGCCCUCUGGAAGCGGACCGUUCCCCGCCAUCAUUGGCAUCGGGGGCGCAAGCAUCCCUAUUCCUGGCACUGUCGCCCAGGUCACUUUCAACAAUGACCAGUUCGCUGCUCAGAACGGACAGUCCAGUCGUGGCCAGGGACUUUUCUACAACCUGUUUGGAAGCGGACACAGUGCCGGGGCGUUGACUGCCUGGGCCUGGGGUGUUGGUCGCAUCAUUGAUGGCCUCGAACAACUCGGUACUGCGGCCACUGGCAUUGAUACCAAGCGCCUUGGAGUCACCGGCUGCUCGCGCAAUGGCAAGGGUGCCUUUGUAGUCGGUGCAUUGGAGAAGCGUAUCGCCUUGACCAUCCCUCAGGAGUCCGGCUCCGGAGGCGCAGCCUGCUGGCGCAUCUCGGACAGCGAGAAAAACAAGGGCAAAAAUAUCCAGACCGCAGGCCAGAUCGUUGGAGAGAAUGUUUGGUUCUCGCCGAACUUCAACACUUGGACCUCGAGGACAUCUCAGAUGCCAGAAGACCACCACUUCCUGGCAGGAUUGGUGGCGCCGCGAGGCCUGUAUGUUGCAGAGAACGAUAUUGACUGGCUGGGCCCCGUGUCGACCACAGGAUGCAUGAAGGCCGGAAGACAGAUCUAUCAGGCCCUUGGCGUGCCCGAGAACAUGGGUUUCUCUCUGGUUGGCGGGCACAACCAUUGCCAGUUCCCGAGCAGCCAAAACUCGGAGCUCACGCAAUACAUCAACUACUUCCUACUCAAUUCAGCAACGAAGCCAUCGAUUACCGAGCGUAGUACCGUCAACGUCAAUCUGCAAGAUUACGCCAGCUGGACGGCUCCAACACUCUCUUAG